GAGAGUGCAUAUGGCUUCACCUUGAUUUGAUUAAGAAGAUGCACAUGUUUUGCCGCUCUUUAUUUCCAGUUGUUGACUACGGAUAUUGUACUAUACCCACUUACCCCAGUGGACAAAUAGGCUUCAUGAUGUGCAGUAAAAAUUCAGAGACAAAUUUUCAAAAUCCAGUCCGUAAAUGGAGUGAAGAGGAGAAGUUAAAAAACAACCUAAAAUACUACAAUGAAGCUGUGCACAAUGCAGCAUUUGUUUUACCAGAAUUCGCAAAAAAGAAAUUAAAAGAAUGAUAUGGGGCAUGGAUUUAAUCAUCUUUUGUCAAUCAAGUAUUGCAGAGGAACAAGAUGCAACACUUAGCAUAUGCAUGCUUAGGAGAAUCCAGAUGUGGCAAAUGGGGCCAAAAAUCACCUUCACAAUCUUGCAUCACAAUAUCUAACAUAGGGUUAUAGCUGUAGAAAACUAAGGAUGGGUGGUAGACAUUUUAAGGAUAUGUGGGCGAUAACAUUGGUAAACUAAUUAUUAAUAGUGGAUUUUAAGAAUGGGCAAGGAAAGGUGGGUGGAAGGCUAUGAAAUUAGCUUUAGACUAGAUGGAAAACUCCAAGACUUGGUGGCCCCGCCCACCAUAACUAUAUCCCUACUAACAGAUUGCUUGGUAGUUGAUCGUCCAGCUCGCAACACAAGAUCUUCCAGCAUGACCUCAUUGGUUGCACUGAGAACCAGAAUACAUGCUGGUUGUGUGGUCUUUUCUGCUGCUGCUCCAAGAUUGGAAUUCACUUUCACCUUAGGAACAAUAUACAUCUUGAGCAAUUUAAUAACAUAUUUAAAACAAACCUCUUUGCUCUUUAUAAGAUGCAUUUUAGUUAAGUAAAUCGUUCAUAAUGAUGUUGUUAUAGGCCACUUAUUGUUUUUUGUUUAUCUCUGGAUGCUGUAUAUCCCAUGCCAUCUAUGGAAAGGUGCAAUACCAAACUUGUGACCAUCACAUUAGAAGUUAACCCUAACCAAAUGUGAAAUAAUUUUGAUAAUAGAUUAAAGAUGGAUAAAACUUGAGUUUCAAGGGGACAACUUACUGCAUUCAAAAAUGCAUUCUUUGUGACUGUAGGGUGCCGUAUUUUUACAACUAAAACCUGCUUUUCCUCAAGGUCAUCCACACAAGCCUAUCACACUGACAUGAGAUGUGCAUGGGGCAGAUGGCAGUGUGUAUAUGUUCUAUGAUCUCAUCCGACAGCACUUUAUUUUAUGAAUAAAUUAUAUCAAAAGCUUGA